AUGGCUCGCGGUAAAAUGGACCCAUUGUCAACGCUGUCCGAUGUAUCCAAGGACGAAUCGCAGUCCGGUGGCUCCAAGGACGAUGUGUAUCCCAUUCACCUAUUAGACGGCGCCGACAGUUACCGCAAACUUCACAUGUCGUACCUAUUUCGUUUCAAUGAUAUCCUCGACGCUCAAAGACUCGCAGACUCUUUGUCGAGGUUACUGAACAAGGGGGACUGGAGAAAGCUAGGUGGCCGACUCAGGCUCAAGGACGACGGAAACCUCGAGAUCCACGUCCCGAGAUCCUUUUCAUCCGAGCGGCCUGCCAUCGCCUUCACUCGUGACGUGAUUGACGAUAACAUCGAGACGCAUCCGUUAGGAGCCCGGCUCCCCAAGUUGUCCGACGGCGGCUCGCUAUCCGUACAGAAGAUUGGCUCGGAUCUACGACCGUUAGCCGGCUCCCAGAAUCUGCCCAUUACAAUCGAGGAAGUUAUUGAACGAGACGCACCACAAAUUUCACUUCAUAUCACCUCAUUCAACGACGCGACAGUCGUUGCGCUCUGCUGGCCACAUGUUCUCAUGGACGUUAUGGGCCUGCGGGCUUUACUGCGUAACUGGUCGCUGAUCUUAAACGGUAACGAGGAUGGUAUCUCGUCAAUCAUCGGCACGCGAGACGAUGUUCAGAUCCGCGCAUGUGUGGAGGCUCUUAUGAAGCAACUGAACAACGAGCGGACAGUGGGGCGCAACUGGGUCUCUAAAUUCAUCAAUCGCCAUCCGGACAUCAAGAACAAGCGUGGGAGACGUCAGGAAGCUAACCGAUUUAAUGCUUUUACGCCUCGUGCGGUUCACUGGUUCUUCGAUAUCAGGGAAAAGGAGUAUGGAUGGAUUAAACCAGAAAAUACCGUGAAUGUUGACGAAGGCGGUAUUAUGUCUGGCUUUGGUUUGGAUAGUCUUGUGGGCAAAGAACUUCAGAAACAGUGGUUCUUGACGGAAUUCGGCAAAAUAGCCGACUGGCAUUACAUAACGUCGCCCAACGGAUGGACGGACAACCAUAUCGCUAUUGAGUGGCUUGAGAGGGUCUAUUUGCCCCAGACGCGACCAGCCGAUGCCUCAGAUGCUAGACUGAUCAUAUUAGAUGGACAUGGAAGUCAUGCAACGGAUGCAUGGAUGGCCACAUGCUUUUGA